AUGGGUGUGUUCACGGAAUCUGAAAUCAACCCGAAGGUCGUGGCCUCUGUGCCGUUCUUCGGGGGGGUGCUCGCGCUCGUCAUGGUCGCCGUGCUCAUGAUGCGCGUGAAGAAGGCGCCGAACGGCGAUGGUGCGCAAAUCUUCAUCGCGAAGCAAAUCUCCGAGGGGGCGGAGUCCUUCUUGAAGACGGAGUACGCGUACUUGCUUCCGUUCGUCGCGUGCGUGGCGGCGUUCAUCGUGGGUAUCUUGGAAUCCCAAGAUCGAGGCCCGCUCUACAUGAUCAACGGCGCGUACAUUCAGUCGUCCAAGAAGGGUGGCUGGCAAACGAUGAUCUGCUUCCUGUGCGGCGCGGCGCUCUCCGCCACCGCGGGCUGGGCGGGCAUGAAGGUCGCCACGCAAACCAACGUCAAGACCAUGGAAGCCGCUCGCUUGGGCUUGAACCCGGCGCUCCAAAUCGCCUUCGCCGGCGGUGCGGUCAUGGGCUUCUCCGUCGUCGCGUUUGGUCUCCUCGGCAUGACUGUCCUGUUUUACAUCUUCGCCACUGCUCAAAACAACAAUUCUUUGCUCGACAUGCGUGAUGCCAUCAGAUACCUUUCCGGCUUCGGUUUCGGUGCUUCCGCCAUCGCGCUCUUCGCGCGUGUCGCGGGUGGUAUCUACACCAAGGCUGCCGACGUCGGCGCCGACCUUGUUGGUAAGGUUGAGGCAAACAUUCCGGAAGACGAUCCUCGCAACCCGGCCACCGUUGCCGACAACGUCGGCGACAACGUCGGUGACGUUGCUGGUAUGGGCGCUGAUCUCUUCGAGUCCUUCUGCGGAUCUAUCAUCGCCUGUGCUGCGCUCUCCUCCAACACUCGUGAGCUCGCCUUGCCGUUCUGGAUUGCUGGCUUCGGCAUCUUGGCCGCGUGCAUUGGCUUCUGGACCGUCUCCACCAAGGAUGACGCCUCCCAAUCUGACCUCCUCCACGCUCUUCACCGUGGUGUGUACUCUGCAUCCAUUCUCGUCAUUGUCUUCUCCGUUGCUUGCGUUGAAAUUCUCUUCGACGGAAACAAGCAAGGGUACAGAUACUUUGGCUGCAUCAUCCUCGGUCUCGUCGCCGGUAUCCUCAUCGGCGAAGCGACCGAGUUCUGCACUUCCUACGCCUAUGGCCCGACCAAGUCCAUCACCCACGCUGGCUCCGCCGGUGGUGCCGCGACUGUCAUCAUCCAAGGCCUCGGCAUCGGUAUGAUCUCCGUCUUCCCGCCGACUGUCAUCAUCUGCGCCACCGUCAUCGCGUGCUUCAACGUUGCCGGAGCCGGUUCUUCUGGCUUGUACGGUAUCGCCAUCGCCGCUGUCGGUAUGUUGUCCACCCUUGGUGUCACUCUCGCCACUGAUGCCUACGGCCCGGUCGCCGACAACGCUGGUGGCAUCGCAGAGAUGUCUCCGGAUGUUCCGGAAGAAGUCCGCGAGCGCACCGACAAGCUCGACGCCCUCGGCAACACCACCGCCGCCACGGGUAAGGGUUUCGCUAUUGGCUCCGCUGUCUUGACUGCACUUUCCUUGAUGAACGCGUACGUCCAAGACGUCCCGUAUUCCAUGGGUGGAAAUGACCGUGCCUUGGCUGCCGCCAUGACGCUCACGGACCCGUAUGUCCUUUCGGGCAUCGUGUUCGGUGCUAUGUUGCCGUUCCUUUUCGCCGCGCUCACGAUGCUUUCCGUGCGCAAGGCUGCCGGUGCCAUCAUCGUUGAAGUUCAGCGCCAAUUCCGCGACAUUCCGGGUCUCCUCGAAGGCAAGGAAGGUGUUGUGUGCGACCACAUGGCGUGCGUCACCAUGUGCACCAAGGCGUCCGUCGAUGAAAUGAUCCUUCCGGGCGUUAUCGCCGUGUUUACCCCGAUCGCUGUCGGUUUGCUCAUCGGUGCCAAGUGCCUCGGUGGUCUCCUCGCUGGUGCCAUCUCGUCUGGCUUCAUGCUCGCCGUGAUGAUGUCCAACGCCGGUGGCGCCUGGGACAACUCCAAGAAGUACAUUGAAAACGAAAAGGUGUACGGCGGCAAGAAGUCCGACACGCACAAGGCGUGCGUUGUGGGUGAUACCGUCGGCGAUCCUUUCAAGGAUACUUCCGGCCCGGCCUUGAACAUUCUCAUCAAGCUCAUGACGAUCUUCUCCCUCACCAUGGCCCCAGUCUUCCGAUCCGACUGGACCACCUGGUGGUACGGCGUUUUCGUCCUCUGCGCUGAAAUCUUCGCCGUCAUGGUCGCGUACUACUACGUGUGGGUGCGCAAUGGCGAAAAGUGCAUUCCGCCGGAGCACCAAAAGUAA